UGAUAAGAAAAACAAUAAAUUGUCAUCACUAAAUAACAACGCACCGCUUAAUUUUGGAAUAAGCCGGUAAAUUUUUGCCAAAUAAAUCCAAGGAGUUUAUGGAGAUUUUGGUCACCAUGGGGUUGGAGGGCUCACUGUUGUGGUCCUUGUUUGCCUUGGCAUCAUGUUUGAAACUAAUGCUUGUUCCGGCGUACCACUCCACAGAUUUUGAGGUGCAUCGCAACUGGUUGGCCAUUACAAAUUCACUGCCCAUCAAACAAUGGUACUAUGAGGCAACCAGCGAAUGGACAUUAGAUUAUCCACCAUUUUUUGCCUACUUUGAGUGGGCGCUCUCCAAGGUAGCCGCAUUUGUGGAUCCCAAGAUGUUGGAAAUCAAUAAUCUUAAUUAUGCCUCAACGGAAACAAAAUAUUUCCAAAGAAUAUCAGUAAUGGUUAUGGAUUUUGUCUAUAUGUACGGUGUGUGGCGUUGCUUGAGAGCUCUUAAACGGAUGGGCAUCAAAAUGCAUCAGGCAUCUGUGGAGACAUUUUUACUUCUAAACAUUGGCCUCAUCUUUGUGGAUCACAUACAUUUCCAAUAUAAUGGUUUUCUCUUUGGCAUACUGCUGCUGAGCAUAAGCUAUUUGCUGGAGGAACGUUAUGUUAUGUGUGCAUUUGUGUUUGCCUGCCUACUGAACUUUAAACAUAUCUUUGUUUAUAUGGCACCAGCAUUUGGCAUUUAUUUGUUGAGACACUAUUGCUUGGAUCCAAGUAAAAACCCAGUGUUUGCUUUGGCAAAACUUUUGGCAGCUGGUUUGACUCCAUUCGUAUUAUCAUUUGGUCCAUUUUGGCGGGAUAUGCCUCAAGUUUUGAGUCGCCUAUUUCCUUUUAAACGUGGUCUGACUCAUGCCUAUUGGGCUCCAAAUUUUUGGGCUCUUUAUAAUACAGCUGAUAAAGUUGCUGCGGUGGCUUUGCGUACCCAUUCCAAAACGGGUGCAUCAACUACUUCGGGAUUGGUCCAAGAAUUUGAACAUGUCGUCUUGCCGUCUGUACGUCCUGUGGUUACUUUUGUUCUUACAUUGGGUACAAUGGUACCUAUUUUAAUAAGACUGUGCCGUUAUCAGAGUAAAAGACAUAGUAAAAUUGCAUUCAUACGCGCCGUGGUAAUUUGUUCGGCCUGUUCCUUUAUGUUCGGCUGGCAUGUUCAUGAGAAAGCCAUACUGAUGUGUCUGAUACCACUUUGUUUCUUGUUCUGUGUCAGUGCCGCGGAUGCAAAAUAUGCCUUUAUGUUAAGUGCAGUGGGUUAUUUUUCUUUAUUCCCACUGUUGUUCCAAGUGGAUUUGUUUGUCAUACGUUAUUCGUUGUAUUUGGCUUACAUGGGCUUCAUGUAUUUGGCCUAUGUGCGAUUUUAUCAAACCCAUCCCGCCAUGAAUGCACUGGAGGAUCUUUACAUCUAUGGUUUGGUCUUGAUACCAAUCUAUGAACAUGUCAUUGGACCCAUAACCGGACUUAAUGAAAAGCUGCCAUUUGUCCCGCUGCUAUUGUAUUCAGCAUACUGUGGCAUUGGUGUUUCGUAUUGUUUUAUACGUUAUUAUAUUUAUGCAUUAGAACUUAAGCUAGAUACGACAACUAUUAAGGCUAAUAAGCAACAACAACAACAAGAACAAAAACAGAAACAGAAAACUAAAUUAAGAUCAAAAACUGUAUCGAAAUCCUUCGCUUCCAAGUCGAAUGGUGGCGAAGAUCCGCCGCUCAAGACCACUGUGAAGAAUCCGACAAAGAAGUCGAAGGAGAAACUGAAAUAAAUGUCACUGUUGUAUUGUUACUGCGAAA